CCCUCAUAAAUAUCUGUCAGAGCUACAUGGCUGCCUGCUAGGAGGCACACAGGAACAUCAAAUAACCCGACAAGCUGCUGCUACUACCAGAAAGACAACCCCCUUCGUUUCUGGCUGUUAUCGAGAAAUAUUGAGGCUUUCGACCAGCACUUAAGGAUAUUUAGUGCAGCAUUUCUCAGAAAGCUGGGAAGCUACCCAAAAGAUGUUCUCAGAAUGCACAAAUUGGCCUUAAUCGAACAUUGUCUUCACUCAGCUGUCUGCAGGAACGCCGGUUUCUGCUGACUCCGUAUGAACAAAGUUGUUUUUGAGUUUUAUUUUUAAAAUAAAUGACCCUAGAGACUGGCAGGGAAAGCCAAAAUGAAAUAGGGGGGGAAAAAAUCUGCUUUCAUUUUUCCGGAAAUAAUACACCGACGCUGCCGUUAAACAGAAGAAUGAUUCAGUAUGAAAUGCUCAUUGUUUGUCUGCGUUAUCAGCGUGCCGUAGAUGUACAUGCAACGCCGAGAAGCAGAUGGGGUUUCUUUCUUUCCCUGUUCUGAUUGGAGCAAGUUCUCUUAAGGGUGCUCACUUUAGUCUAAAUUAAUAUUCACGCCCUGAAACAUUUGCUCCCUUUCCCGCUCCUUGAGAUUCGAGAACAGGCACCCCGGGUUUGUAAAGAUUAAUCCAGUCAGCGCAGAAAUCGAGUAUCCCGUGCUCAUUAUCUGUCAUUCCACAGCCGCCUCCUCUAUCUUGCACUAGUUCUCCCAUCUGUGUGUCUUUGGGUUUCACCGCUGUGCCUUAGCAAAAGGUAGAUGAAAUAUUCACCAGGAAAGCUGUUGUUUCCCUCAGGGUCUCCAACUCCUCUACCCCACCCCCUUCUUCCAAACGCUCCAAUGCCCCUCCCUCCUCUCCUCCUCUUCCCCCCGCUGCUUCUCCUAAUAUUACUCUCCCUCCAUCCUAUCUGUACCCCACUGCAUCCCUCUGAUAGUAUCAUUGAUGGAGCCCCUGCUAAAUUAUGCAUGGAUUAUAUGACUUAUAUCUUGUAGCUUUUCAUCUACAUGUCCUCUCCCUGCCUCCAGUUACUUCUGUUUUCUGCUAAUGUUUUCUUUAAAAAAAAAACUUUAUUUUUUGGCUCGCAUCGAAUCCUCCUUUGAUGAGGUCCUAUAUUUAGCUGUUGUAUUUAUCUUCUCACUUUCAUGCCUCCCUUUGAAACGUACCAAAAAAAGAAAAAAGCCUUGGAGGACGGGGAAAGUUGCGACAGGAUCUGAAUGAUAUAGAAGACCGCCGCUUUUGAAUAGAGAGGGCAGAGGACGGGCAAGAGCAGACCGGGCACCUGCUACAGAGACUGUAAAAGUUCCUCUGGGGAUUAUGCAAGUGCCAGACAUCAGAUGUGUCUUAAAAGGAACAUACGGAGGCCCUCUUCAAAUGCCGGCUACCCUCUGGUGUUCCAUAUUGACCACUUAUCCCCAACAUGUCUCCGUACUUCACAUAUUCCACAAGUAUCACACGAGAGAGCACGAGCCCAUCUAGUAGCUCUGGAAGGAGAAAAAUGAAUGAAUGGAGAAGAAAGCUGCGUUUGCUGGCUCCAUGUGAAAGCGUAGCGAGUCAGGCAAGCUGAAAGGAUCUAAUGAGGCGACUGUGUGACAAUAUUCUGCUGUGGAACAAUGUCUGAUGGCUCGUCAUCCCUGUUUUCAGAAGAGUGCCUCUCUGCCACCCCCUGCUGACCAUGCGGAGUGUGGGUGCAGUGGUCCUGGCGCUCGCCGCUGCCGCACUCAGCUCGGCAGACUCCGACACGCACCGACCGAGACACGACUCCAACCUGGAGAUCUACAAGCGGCUGUUUGAGACCAAGAGGAAAGAUCAGCUGAAUGCACUCAAGAAUCUAGUAGAGCUGAACGACAUCAACCAGCAGUACAAGAUCAUAGACAUCAUGCUCAAAGGGCUCUUCAAGGUGUUGGAGGACUCCCGGCAGGUCUUGGUUGCGGCCAACAUGCAGCCCGAUGACCCCUUCCCCAUGGACGAUAAGAUCAAAGAAGCUUAUUCCCACGUAGUGGAGAAUACGGCAUUCUUUGGCGACGUGGCGUUGCGUUUCCCCCGUAUCGUCCACCACUACUACGACCGGAACACCGACUGGAGCGGCCUGCUGCGCUGGGGGCUCAACUUCUGUAACCAGACGGGGGUUUUCACAGGAGGAGCCCACCAGCACGUCCUCACACUUAUGUCACAGGAGCUGGGAAUAACAGAGAAAUCCCCAGACUUUAUAAACCCGUACCGCACAGAGAGAGAUGAUGUGCUUCACACAGCCGAGGCUUUCCAGAAGAUCCUGAGGGAGGAGGAGAAGAGGAGGAGGAAGGAGGAGAAGAGGAAAGAGAUCAGGAAAGGCCCUCGCAUAUCCCGCUCUCGCAACGAGCUAUAGCGCUACACCUCAUCGAGCGCGAAGAGCAGAGGAGAGGGAGGAAGAGGAGGAGAUGAGAAGGCGCGUACACUCGCAGUCCACAAGGGGUGGCUUGACUUGUAGACUCUGGUGACAGUGAAGAAAAACAAAAAGCUGCCGUCACUUGUACAAAAGCCAGGUGCUCGAGAAAGAGCGAGAGAGAGAAAACCUCAAUGUGACACAAAAAUGUAAAGUGGAGGAGGGGGUUCGUGCAGAUCUGAGAAAAGCCUGAGCUGCUGUAAGUCAGCAGUUCUUUAGAAUUUGGGGGGGAAGGAAAAAAUAAGAUAAAUAACUCUCUGGAGAUGAAGUUAAGGCAAACUCAUUUUUGAUAACUUGAAGCUUAUGUAACUGAACUUUGGGAUAUUAAUUCAUUUUAGUCUAAUCGUUUUUCUUCAAAACUUUGCGAAGCCCCUGCUGUACUGUGUCUGGUCUCGGUUUAAUGUAUCUAAAAUCCCAUACCAAAUUUGACCUUUUGAAAAUGUGGCGUGUUUAUGGUUGGGUUGGGCUCGACCGCUGAUUGAAUAUUAUCUUUCAUUAUUUCUAAGAGCUGUUGAAUUUCUCAAAGGAUGUUUGUGAAUAGGCAGAUUUACAUUCCCACUGCUGCUCAGAAUUAAUAAGGACACAUCAUUAUGUUGCGUUUGCCUGAAGGAUGGCGUAAUGAUGAAGACCAUGGGUUCAUUUUUAUGUCUGCUAUUUUAUUUCCAUCUGAGGGACUCAUUUGAAUUUGUUUUUUUUUUAAUUGACCAUAUAGUUUUUUCUGCCUUAAUGAGCCUUCACAUUAUUUUUAUCCUGUCAACCUGAAAUACAACAUGUGACCAUUCACCUAGCAGUCCCUCGUCUUUAACCUUUUUUCCUAUAUUUUUUCCCCUUCCUUUUUAAAUUGACACGUUUUGUGGAUUCAGAGCUACACAAUUGAGACUGAUGUAAUUUUCAUAUAGUAAUAAUGACUGUUAUGAAAACUAUAUGUAUAUUCAGAGAAAAAUAUCAUUGCUGCAGAAUGAACAAGCCAUUUUGUUAACACGUGUAAUGAAAUAAAGUGACUCUGAUACAUAAGGAAGAAAAUUAUAUAUAUAUGAAUAUAUAUAUAAUAUAUUUGUACUUCAUGUGGCUUCAUACUGUAGGGAUGUCAAUCUCAUUUUACAUUGUGGGCCAGCACAGCCCUCUUUGACCUUAAACGGGCAGGACCAGUGAAAGUACAAAAUAAAUAAUAAAAAU